AUGAGACGAAAAGAUCAUCGCUCCUCUCCGCAGCAACUCAGAGAAAUGCAAGCCGAGUUGGGCGUGUUGCAAAAAGCAGAUGGAUCAUGUAAAUUUUCAAUGGGAAAAACAAUUGUUAUUUGUUCUGUGAAUGGACCGGAAGCUUCCAUGAAAGAAAAGGGAGAUGGUGCCAUUGUGGAUGUAAUUUUUCAACCUCGGGAUAAAAGACCAUCGGAAGAAGAGAAAGAAUAUGAAAUGAUGAUUCGGGAGAGUUUGGAAAAUGUAAUUUUGUUAUCAUUAUAUCCGCGAACAAUAAUUACAAUUUCUGUUCAAGUGGUUCAAGAUGAUGGAAGUUUAUUGAGUGCUAGUUUGAACUCGGCUGUGUUAGCCUUGCUAGAUGCUGGAGUGGCUUUAAAGUCAGCUCUUGUUUCUUUGUCAUGUUCUUAUUUAUCGAGUGGUGAUUGUUUGUUAGAUCCAUUGAAGAUGGAACAAGAUUUUGAUUCUGUUUUGUACAGUAGCGAUUCAUCAACAUUUGUGGAAUAUUACAAGAGUUCAUUAUCGUCAGGCCAAAAAAUUAUUAAACCCAAAGGACAUGCAUGCUUUAUUUUCGACGCCACAAAACUGAAAAAGAAAUCACAACAACAUGAUGGAGAAGAAGAGGACACAAGUUUGAUCACCUGCCUUACAGAAGGCAUUUUCACAGACGAAGCGCUCCAGACAUGCAUUAACAUGGCAAAGGAAGGAGCUCACACAGUCUAUAAUUUAAUUCGUUUCACCAUGGAGCGAAAAUCAACAACGCCAAUUUUGCCCGUUUCCACACCACCUCAAACCACAAACAAACUACCACCGUCACAACAAAACGUUGUCACACCCUCAACUCCAGAAAAGAAAGGUAGUGGCUUCCUCAAACCUAAAGAGAAAUAA